CGAGCAGUUCACUUUAUCUGAGAUGAGCACAGAUCCUUGUGAGUCUUUUCAUCAAGAUUGCCCUGAGCAGUUAACUUUAUCUGAGAUGAUCUCAGAUCCUUGUGAGUAUUUUCAUCAAGAUUAUCCUGAGCAGUUAACUUUAUCUGAGAUGAGCCCAGAUGAGUUAACUUUAUCUGAGACGAUCCCAGAUCUUGGUGAGUUUUUUCAACAAGAUGAUCCUGAACAGUUAACUUCAUCUGAGACAAACCCAGAUCUUUGUGAUUCUUUUCAACAAGUUCUUCUUGAGUCCUCACAAUUAGAUCCAUCAGAUCAUGAAACACUUUCUGAAUGUGACCCAGAAUAUCAGGAAUCCACAGAACAGUACAGUGGUUCUGAAGAAGAGAAUGCCACUCUGCUAUCUGAGCUAUACAAUUUAUUUGAUCAAAAGUUGGUAGUUGAACUAGAUUCUGAAGACCGUAAGUCAUCUAAACAGUCUAAGCCUAACAAUCAAAACAAGCCUGCUGAAUGCCAUGCCAUACAUUUUGAAUGCCCUGAACUGUGUCAAGUCUCUAAAGAAAGUAAGCCAUCUGACCACUGUGUGUCCCUUGAGCAAACACGGCUUACUAGGCAAACGGACACCACUGAUGAGAGAGCUUUGCUAAACAACCCAGAGUGUUUCACUGAUCUGUUGAAGAGUACUGAUUGUAGCCGGACCUUUAAAGUCCCAACUGAUGGUAAUUCAGAGGGAAGACCGCCAUUUCAUCAAGAAUGUUACCAACUUUCUGAGCACAGUGAAUCGUCUGAAGACUCUACUGUAUGUGUUAAGGCUCUAGAACAAUGCACAGGCUGUGGAGCAUACUUUGAGAAAUGCAACGUCCAUCAACAAUGCAAUCCUGACCAUUCUGAGGGCCCACAUCAAAGCAAACCUGCAGAAAAAUACCAUGAAAUAUGUGAUUCACCAAGAUCCGUCUUUCUCAACUCAGAACUCCCCAAAAAAGAUCUGCCUAAUCAUACCAACAGGAUUGUGGAAAGGAAACCAUCUGAGUGUGAUACCAUGUUUUCUGGAUCAAUGGAAAACUUUGAGUCUCGGUGGCUUUCACAAUUUCUUACCGAUCUUUUGAGACACAAUCAAGAGUCAGAUCAUAGAGCAGAACUUAUCAAGUCAAAUGAACAUUUAGAAUCCCCUGAAGUUGGGGCAGAUUUUAAGCCUGAAGUUCAAGCUUUGGAUAACUCUAGGAAGUUCUGUAAAAAGUGUGAAGAACGGGAUAGAGGGGGAUAUCGUAAUGAUGAAACUCCUCAACCUUUUCAGCUCAAUGGAGAUGAGGAUAGCAUUCUUGAACUCCACUCUAAUGUGGGUAACUCCAUGGAUAAAGUCACCAAAGCAGAAGGUUCUUUGGAUGAAUCAAGCGAGGAGGACUAUGCUGACUGCAAUGAUGGCAAAAGCCAAGGCAGUUCUGAAACAGAUGAAUCGUUUAAAAGUUUUGUCGAUGAGUCAGAAUCAUUUGAAAUCUUAGAUCAAGCAUGUGAGAAGGAAAAACAUUUCGGUCCUCUUACAGAGGAUGAUGAGACCUCUGUUCAGAUUCAACAAUCACAUGAGUAUUCUGAAGAAGGCAAUGACAAGACCUUUUACAUGUAUACUGAAGAAGCCUUGGAUGCUUAUGAGGAAGAACAUGUAAUUGAUUCUGAGCAACAAGUCACAGGAAAGAAAAGCAAUAAAACAUAUGCUGAGGCUCUUUCUGAUGGACUUUGUGAAACCCAAGCUUAUAUGCCUAAUAUUAUUGGGGAGAGUUCCACACUGUAUUCUGAGGAAGGCAAGGGCAAUGAACCUUGCCCUAAAAAUGAAGAGGUCAUUGAACACAAUGGUGACAUGCAUGUGCAAGGAUCCUGGUUUGGAGCCAUUGAAGGUCAUGGACUUGAAGCAGUGGUAGAAGAUGCUUUCGAGGAUUUAUCGAGAGACUCCACAGAGUUCUGUUCUGUAAAGAGCACUUGUCAAAGAGUUGAUGCUUUGGAAUCCCUUUAUAAAGAAAAUACAUUGUUGGAAAAUGAGGUCAGUCAGAACUUAUCUGAACUUUACAGAUCUGAAAACAAGGAAAUCAUAGAAGAGCCUCGAUCUGUGUUUACGAUCUAUGAUCAGAGAGAGAGUUUCUUUGAUGAAACAGAGGGGGCUUAUGGACCUUGUUGUGGAGAAAUUCAAACUACUGAAGAUGAAAAAACAUCCAUGUAUGACUUUGAAGGUGUUGUGGCAUGUGCUGAAGAACACGAAGAUGGCAAAGAGAUGCCACCUGCUGAUCAACAGAAACUCUCCAUACCAUGUGCUUUAGAGGAACAAUCAAACACAGCAACGGACACUCCUGAGAUUUGUGGAUCAGUUUGUCAGCAAGACACAUCAGAGGCCUAUAUUAAGCCAAAAGACACCUCUGAGAUCCCCCAUCCCCAUGGAACAGAUAGUCUGUCAGAGCUAAACAAGCAAAAUGCAAAAUUAGAGCAGCUUAUACAUCAAGUUGCAAGAAGUGAGGCACCUGAACAAUGUGAGCAGGAAGGAUACUUAAACUCUGAUCAGAAAAAGACAGACUCUGAACAGAGUGAUGAGGACAGUGAGGCAUCUGAUGAUGAAGAAUAUUCAGAUAUCUGCGACUGUGAAUUCUGUGUUCCGCCCAUAGAGCAGGUCCCAGCCAAACCACUUCUUCCACAGAUAAAGUCUAAAGAUGUAGGGAAGAUCUGUGUAGUUAUUGACCUGGAUGAAACACUAGUCCACAGUUCAUUCAAGCCGGUGAACAAUGCUGACUUUAUCAUUCCAGUGGAAAUUGAUGGAACAGUGCACCAGGUGUAUGUGUUGAAGAGACCUCAUGUCGACGAGUUCCUUAAACGGAUGGGGGAACUGUUCGAGUGUGUGUUAUUCACUGCAAGUUUAGCCAAGUAUGCUGAUCCCGUCUCGGACCUGCUGGACAAGUGGGGUGCUUUCCGAAGCCGGCUUUUUCGGGAAUCUUGUGUGUUCCACCGUGGAAACUACGUCAAAGACCUGAGCCGUCUAGGCAGGGAUCUAAACAAAGUCAUCAUUGUAGACAACUCGCCAGCCUCCUACAUAUUCCACCCAGACAAUGCUGUACCUGUAGCCUCCUGGUUCGAUGACAUGGCUGACACAGAGCUGUUGGAUCUAAUCCCUUUCUUUGAAAGACUCAGUAAAGUGGAUAAUGUCUAUACUGUGCUCAAGCAGCAGAGGACUACUAGCUAGCAUGACAAUAGGGUCAUCUGUCAGUAUGGGGCCAGGGAGGCUGCUGGGCUCGGAGCACCACGCUGCUUCCCACUAACAGGACCAUCCACUAGCUCAGUCCUCAUCACCUACCCAGAAUUCCAUUCACAGGAUGUUUGACAAGAGAAUAAGCCACUGAAUGACAGAACUGUGAAAGACUGCUUUAUCAAAUACAUACAGUUAAUUGAUUGUUUUAACACCUGAAUGGGUGAAUAUAACAAAACCUGUCAACAACAUGUCCAGCACACAUUAUUUUCCCCAAAAUCAAAAGAAAGAAAUAAGAAAUUGUACUUUGCUUUUAUCAAGCUUUUUUUUUUUUUGCAUUAUGAAAUUAUUUUCCUGACAAUGUAUGCUGAUUUCUAAUAAAAUAAUUACUGUGUGACAGUAAUGAGGAUUUAAUUAGAAUAACUAUUGGUAAUAAUAGCAAUUAGAGUGCAAUAGUAAAAUCAGAAGUAGAAGAAUUCUGCAGGGAAAUGUGCAAAUGUGUCUUGAAAAUAAUGUUACAAUGCAAAAUAUUCAUAAUGGUCCUAAAAUACGGUCAGUUUCCUUUAUGCAAACAUAUACUAUCUCAUUCUUUUUUCUUUUUUAAUUGGAGUGAAUCUGGACAGUGUGAUCUGGACAAUGUUUCUUGAAAUUUAUUGCAUUAUGUUUUAUUCCAUCUUUAAUUUUCAAGGUUGAGGGAAGCCCUGUUAAAAUGAACAGUUGGUUUAUUGUCCUCUUUGGUUAGUGAUUUGUGAAGAUCUGUUUUAGGAAACAACUGCAUUUUAACUUCCUCUUCUUGAGUUUAUAUCUUUGGUUAAGCUUCCCCUAUUCCUUGUGUUAAAUGAGUGUACCUCAAGUGUGGGACAAAACCGUGAAUGGCAAUCAUAUGGAAUACUAUUGCUGUCACUUUUAUCUUGCCAAAAUGUAAAGUUUAUUGGACUUUGAAGCAAGCAUUCACUCAAUUUUCUUUUUUCUUUUUUUUUUUUUUUUUUUUGCCUUCUCUAUUUUAAUUUUCAAAUCAGGCCUGAAAAAAAGAGUCAUGGUACAAUCAGCCAGCUUUUCAAAUUGAAGUUUUACAAAACAGAUAUGAGAAAGCUAAAUUGGCCUUGCAUCUAUUGUGUUGUGUGGCCUGUUUUCACUCCGAAUUUUAAGCUAAUGCACCUUUCGAAUCACAUACAGUGUGCUUUAUUUUGUCUACUGUGAGGUCCUUCAACGUUGCCUUAAAAUGACUGUAGCUAAAUUUUGUCGGACAAUGUCAAAGUGGUCUUAUUUACACAAUCAGUUUGUCUGAUACUGUAUAGUUUAAAAUUCACAACAGUAUGCCAUUUGUGUGUUUAUAUUAAUCACAAGAAGUAAAGAAUACUGGAAUCAAACCCUCAUUGGAAGCAGAUAUUCAACUUAAUGCCUUAACUCUCCAUUAGAUCACUAAACGAUCAGUUGGGCAAACUGGUUUAUUGGGAAACUAAUGUCGGCCUUGACUUAGGCAUGCAGCACAGUGGAUUGGAGAGCCCUUGUUAACGUGCAGUUGACUUGCCUUGUUGUUAGCGGUGCCGUUAAAUAUGGAUGUUUUUACUCAUGGGGAUCGUAUACUUGCUCAGCUCGAUCAGAGUUGAUUGUUUUGCAAGUGCCAAUGUUGAUGUGAGACGUAGUGGUGAUGAUGUUCUUGUGUGCGUGAGAGAGAGUGGAAAGACAAUGUCAUGGUUUUUAAUACUACCAUUUUGUCCAUUUUCAGUGUUUGACUUUUGAAAUAGAUGUGCUGAUGGCAAAACACAUGCCAUAUUUCUAUACUUGUGAUAUUAAUGAAAAUAGUGCUAUACCAUGGAGAAAAAAAAAAAAAAAAAAGAUUUUGUUAUCCAUAAAGGUUUAAAGAGCAUCUUGAGUCAUAUUUGAUUCUGAUUCUUGAAAAGCAUUUUUUUUUUUCUUACUAGCAUUGAAUGUACAGUAACAUGGUUAUUUGGGUCAUCUUUUAAACUCUUCAAUGAAUGCCUUAGAGGUAAACAAUUUAACAUAAAUCAUUUACUGUAGGCUAUAUCAAGAUGGUCUUAAAAUGUACUAAUCAGAAAAAAAGAAAUGUGAAAUGUUAACAGAGAAGAAGAAAAAAAAAAUCCUUUCUAAUUUCAUGAAAAUAAGUGAAACUCCAGCCUACAUUUAUUGGGUACAUGCAUUAGGUACAAAGAGUUCUGUCUUUGAACAUGUGAAUCUGAGGUUGCAGUGGAAGAUAUGUUACUGAAUCGCAUGUCUGACUUGAUACAUUCUCUGAGGUCUGCUGGCUCCUGGACAAUCUCAGUAGGACUUCUCACACCCAUGCAGUCUGCUUAUGCAACAGGACCGACCCAGGUCCAUGUUUUUUUUUUUUUUUUUUUUUUCUUCUUCCCCCUUCUUCUGAGGUUAUGUAAUAGUCUUGGUAGUGCUUGCUUUGAAUAAUAAGCAUUCUUUGCAUUUUUCUCCAAUAUUACAAGAUCCAAGAGAGCAGCUAACUUUCCGUAAUAGCUGAACUGGUAUAUACCGUGAUUUUAUUUAUAUAUUCAGCUAUUAUCGAAGUAUUUUUCCUGUAGCCUAUUUUAAUGUACUCUACAGUCACUACUGACAUUUUUAUAUUGGUAUUCUGAUUGUUAUUAAGAUAAAUGAAGCUAAGAACUUCAAAGUUACUGCCUCACGGAAACUUAUUGGGCUGACUGAAAACAAACAAUCUGUAAAAUCUCAAAUUUAGUUCAGUGGUAAUGGCUCCCAUUAUAAUAGCUUUGGACACUGUUAAAUGUAUCUGAAGUUAUAUUUUAUCUCAGAAUCCUUUUGAGGUUCAGCUAUGAUUUCUGUUGACAUUAAAUGUGCCAUGCAAAUAAAUCUUCCAUCAAAAUAUUGACAGAAAAUCAAAAGGUAAUUCGAAACCGUGUGACCCAAUGAUAGUGUUUCAUUUAAACACUAUAAACAUGUUAAGUUUCUAAAAUGGACUUUAGGGGAAAUCAUUUGUAAACCGCAUAUACAUGAGGUAAGUUGUAACCUAAAAUUGUACAGUUGUUGCUGGAAAUAUAACUUCUUUACCAUUUUCUGAGGAAUAUCAUCCAGGGACUUCUCCUAGCUGAACAUUCUUCUAUACCAAUAUCAUCUACAUUCAGAAAAUAUUUUAGCUUGUUUUUUAAGAUUGACGAAUUUCAAAUAACAAAAUUCCAUCAACUUGAAUUGUGUGAUGUUUAACAAAAAUACAUUCAAGCUGAAAUAUAUAAUUUCUGUGCCACCGAAUGAAAUUGCAAAAAUAAACAUGUUUUAACCUAUGCUUACUUAUAGUUAUCUGCAUAUUAAGCUGGGAUAGAAGAAAGUAUUUUUACACUGAAAAAGUUACAUACGUAAGCUUUAAUAAAACUUAAAAUAUUUAGGUUUCUUCAAUUUUAAUUGAAUAAAGAUUACUCAUUCAAUUUGAGGGAAUUUUGUUAUGAAAUUAAAAUGUAUAAAUUAUGAAAAAGUGAGUGUAGGAUCCAAUUUUCCAAAGUAAAAAAAUAAAUAAAUUGUUAUGCAGAUCUAAUGUCAUUUUUUUAUAGUGACAGUUGCAGAGGUCAUACACUUUUGUACCAGUAGAUGGCAGUGUUGAUAAACAUAAAUGGUGAUAAAGAGUCUUAUCUUCCAAGAGUAUAUAUCGAAUAAUUAUUUUAAUAUCGUGAUUCACUUCAAGU